AGCAACAGAUGGGUGAUAGCUCGCCAAAGACCCUGCCGACCGCAGCCGAGCUCAAGGCCGCCGCAGACCAGUCCAGCCUGGCCGCCGAGCCCAGCAGUGUCGCCCAAAUUGAUGCCGAAGCCGAAGAUGUCCACGUAUCGGUCUCGCUCUCUCCUGCCCUGCCUCCCCCGGUCCUGCAGCCCUCAAGUGCACAACCCUCCCCCGAGCCCACCGCACAGUCCGCCGAGCCUCCCAAGCAACUCCAGCCCAAGUCUCAAGGCUGGUCCGGCUUUGGUGGUCUGGCGAGCUCGUGGGGCAGCAUCAUGGAGACGGUCAAGAAGCAGUCCGAGUCGGUUGUGAGCGUAUAUAAACGCGACCUUGCUGAGUUUGCGAAUGUGGUGCAGGCAGAGUCGUCGGUUCUGGCCCAAACCGCCUCCAAGCUCGCCCAAAACACACUCUCGGCGGCCGCCAAGACGGUCAACGCCCUCGACACGCAACUCGAGGCACUCGAGAACCAACUGGGUGCCCUGCCCAGCAAGCUGAUGAGCCAGGACCGCGCCGCAGCACCCGAGGGCGCGGCAUCGGCAGACGACCAACAGCAGCAGCAAGCCCAGCAGGAGGAGCAGCCAGAGUUUGACGACUAUGACGUCUCGACGGGAUUGCUGAUCCCGCGGUUCAAAAACAAGCCCGAGUUUGAGACCUACAUCGAUCGCAAACUCGAUGAGAUGCAUCUCGAGGAGCGCAUCGAGCAAAUCGAGGCUUUGGCUGGGGAAGGGCUGCACAAGGCCGAGGAUCUGGUGGGCAAGCUUGGGAGCAGCAUCACGACCUUGCUCAAGAACCCGCCCCGGCUCAAAAAAAAGGCAUCGAGCUCCCAAAACAAGCACAAGAAUGUGGUUGCCUACAACCGCAAGGCUGCCCAGCUGUCGUCGCUGCGGCGGGAUCCGCAAACGUACAUCACAAAUCCGCACGAGCCGAUCUCGACGGGAUCGCCGUUCGAGCGCGAUGUUGCCGAAAGGUUCGGCAAGUUCCAGCAGUCGUUCGAUCUUGCGGCUCAGGCUGAGGCAAUAUCGAUAAGCCUGAGCCAGGACCCGGGUCAGAAACAGUUGAUGGAUGAAAUUGUCCCGACCAAGGUUUCGUAUGAUGACUUUUGGCUGAGAUACUUCUGGAAGAUAGCCGAGCUAGAGCGGGAGGAAGAGACACGGCGCCGACUGAUGAGUGAUGUCGAGGCUGGCGAAGAAGACUUCAAGUGGGAUUCGGAUGAAGAUGAGGAAGAGGAAGAAGAGGAAGUGGUCCUCACCGCAGUCCCGACCGAACACGCCGAGGCACAAGUUCCGAUCACCAAGGUGCAAGUGCAGCAAGUCGAGUUGGUCUCGGCAGAUCACCCCGCAGCGAUAGUGCCACCUUCGGCCGAGAGUGCCCGAGCAUCGGCAUCAUCGCCCGAACAAAACUCGGACAAGGAAAGCUUCGAGAUCGUGACAGAGUCGCUCAAGUUUGUCAAAGAGAUGGAGGGAACGGUUGGGGCACCACAGGCUGCCGAUGCCGAGGAGGACUGGGGCGACUGGGAGUAAGAAGCUUGGACACUCAUGCUUCGGCUGCGGCCCAGAUUGGAUUGAUCGGCGCCACGAUAACUAUCGCAGACGGCAUCGUUUGCACCCAUUGCAAAGCUAUUCCCCUCACCUUGGCGGUAUCAUCAGUCCGUAUGGCCAACGCAGUUUCGGCGACUACCGAGCACUCAGCGCGGACACUCUGUGUGCAGCCGUCAAGGCAGCUUGACUGUCGACGGAGCUGCGGUUGAGCGUCAACGGCAUUUGUGUCGAUAAUACUGAUCUUGCUAUACAACCCCAUCGAUGCGAGAUCCGAGUCGAGAGCAUAGGAAGCCUGCACUGCUGUGGUGCCGACGGAUGCUGGGCAGCAUCGCGAGAUAUCAAGGUACUUGCGGCCGCAU